AUGAGUGUUGAUGAAGAUUUAUUAUUACUUCAAUCCAGAGUUAAUUUGGUACUAUUUGAAAAACCAUUAUUGAUACCUAAUAAUAGCAUUUCUAAACAGGAUAAAAGUUCUAUUAAGAGCAAUGCUCGUCCAAUGGAAUCUGGUGAUAAUACGGACGAAUGCGAACGAUAUAGUUGUGAUGACAUUUUGAAUUGUAUAUUACCACCUAGAGAAUGGGAAGUGAACGGUAAUAGGUUUCGUCAAUGUGUAUCCAAUAAACCAGCUACAGAAUUAAAUGUAAAAAAACUCGGUGAGGAUUUUGAUACAUAUUUGAGACAAUUUAAUGCCAAAGAAGUUGGGAUUUGCCCGAUUAAGCAGGAAUUAUACGGCCAAUGUUUCAAUGAAAUCAUAAGACAAGUAACGUUAAACUGCACGGAACGGGGUUUCAUGUUGAUCCAGAUCCGUGAUGAAAUUCAGAUGACCAUUGAUGCAUAUAAAGAACUGUACGAAAGCGUAUUAGCUAACGGAAUACGAAAGUUAUUACGGCGGGAACACAAAAAAUCCGAUUUAUCAACAAAAGUUAACCAGCUGAUUUAUGAAAACAAAAAUUUAGAGAUUGAGCUGGCUGAAAUUAAUGUGAAUACAGUGAAGCUUGAACAAGACGCGGCCGAACAACGCGACGCGGCGAUCAAACGCCAAGCCGAAGAAUUAGCAUCUCUGAAAAAAUCCAAUCAACUGAUCAAAAUUCAAUUGGAGUCAAUAAUUUCACCGAAAAGAGUAUAA